GUCCGGAAGAACUACACUUCAUAAGUCACUUCUAAACUUUCGUUACCUCAACUUUCGAAUGUUGUAGUUGUUAACAAGUAUCGUGAUAGAUUAAUAUGAUUAAUUCAGAUAAUAAUCAGAAGAAUGUGGUGGUGGAAGAUGAAGACAUUCCAUACGAAGAAGAAAUACUACGAAAUCCGUAUUCAGUUAAGCAUUGGUUGCGGUAUAUCGAAUUUAAAAAAGAAGCUCCUAAACAUGUGAUAAAUCUUCUUUAUGAAAGAGCUCUUAGAGAAUUGCCUGGAAGUUACAUUAUUUGGCACAAGUAUUUGAAGCUGAGAAGAGCUCAAAUUCGUGGAAAAUGUGUAACAGAUCCUGCUUAUGAAGAUGUUAAUAGUGCUUUUGAAAGAGCUUUAGUUUUUAUGCACAAGAUGCCUCGAAUUUGGAUUGACUAUUGUGAAUUUUUAUCUAUACAAUGUCAAAUUACUAGAACUCGCCAUGUGUUUGAUAGAGCUUUACGAGCGUUGCCAAUCACUCAACAUCAUCGAAUAUGGCCUUUGUAUUUAAAAUUUGUGUCCUCUAAAGGCAUCCCUGAAACAGCAGUUCGAGUAUAUCGGAGAUAUUUAAAGCUAUGUAGUGAAGAUACAGAGGACUUCAUUGAAUAUUUAUUGGAAAUUAAUCGCCUUGAUGAAGCAGCUGUGAAGUUAGCUGAAAUUGUCAACAAUGAACAAUUUGUUUCAAAACAUGGGAAACCUAAACAUCAGUUAUGGAAUGAAUUAUGUGAACUGAUAUCAAAGAAUCCUGAUGAAGUACAUUCCUUGAAUGUUGAUGCUAUUAUACGAGAUGGCUUAAGACGCUUUUCUGACCAAGUAGGCCAUUUUUGGAACUGUUUAGCUGAUUAUUAUAUCAGAAGUGGCUUAUUUGAUCGAGCUCGAGAUAUUUAUGAAGAAGCUAUUACUACUGUUAUGACUGUUCGUGAUUUUACUCAAGUUUUUGAUGCAUACUCACAGUGUGAGGAAAGUCUUAUCAAAGCAAAAAUUGAAAAAGUAGAAAGGGGAGGUGCUACAGAAGAAGAAACUCUUGAAUUAGAUUUACGACUGGCAUGGUUUGAUUAUCUUUUAGAGAGGCGGCCACUGCUUUUGAACAGUGUUCUCUUGCGACAAAAUCCUCACAAUGUACAUGAAUGGCAUAGAAGAAUCAAGUUAUUAGAAGGAAAACCAAAGGAGAUUAUCAAUACAUAUACUGAAGCAGUACAGAAGGUGGAUCCCAAACUGGCUUGUGGAAAGCUGCAUACCUUAUGGGUGGCCUUUGCUAAAUUUUAUGAAUCACAUAAACAAAUUGAUGAUGCUAGUCUGAUUUUUGAAAAAGCAACCCAAGUACCAUAUACAGAAGUGGAUGAUUUGGCUUCAGUAUGGUGUGAAUGGGCUGAAAUGGAAAUUCGUCACAACAAAUUUGAAAAUGCUUUAAAACUUAUGCAGCGUGCAACUGCGAUGCCUGUGCAUAAAGGAUCAUAUCAUGAUCAGAGUCUUCCUGUUCAAGAACGUCUGUAUAAAUCUCUGAAAGUUUGGCUACUUUAUGCUGAUUUAGAAGAAGUUUUGGGAACAUUCAAAUCUAUAAAAGCUGUGUAUGACAGAAUUAUUGAUCUUAGAAUUGCAACACCACAAGUAAUUAUCAAUUAUGGAGUAUUUCUAGAAGAAAACAAUUAUUUUGAAGAAGCAUUUAAAGCUUAUGAGAAAGGUAUAUCUCUUUUUAAAUGGCCCAACGUUUAUGAUAUUUGGAAUACAUAUCUAGUGAAGUUUUUGAAACGAUAUGGUGGAACAAAACUUGAAAGAGCCAGAGAUUUAUUUGAACAGUGUCUUGAAAGCUGUCCACGGAAAUUUGCUAAAUCAAUUUAUUUGCUAUAUGCCAAGUUAGAAGAAGAACAUGGUCUGGCAAGGCAUGCUAUGGCUGUAUAUAGCAGAGCUACUAAAGCUGUUCUUCCUGAAGAGCAAUUUGAGAUGUUCAAUAUAUAUCUAAAGAAAGCAGCUGAAAUUUAUGGUGUAACUCAUACACGUGAAAUAUACCAAGAGGCUAUUGAUUUAUUACCAGAUACUCAAGCUAAACAAAUGUGUCUAAAAUUUGCUGAUUUGGAACGCAAACUUGGUGAAAUUGAUCGAGCUCGAGCGAUAUACUCACACUGUAGUCAAAUGUGUGAUCCAAGGACUAAUCCAGAUUUCUGGAAAACUUGGAAAGACUUUGAAGUUCGGCAUGGUAAUGAAGAUACUAUGCGAGAAAUGCUUAGAAUUAAAAGGAGUGUCCAGGCUACGUUUAAUACUCAAGUGAACUUUAUGUCUGCUCAGAUGCUUAGUGCAGCAGUUGUAGCUGCUGGUAUUACAGUGCCUGAUUCUGAAAAAGAUAGCAUGCAAAAUCUGGAAGCUCAAGCUAAACUUCUUGCAUUUGAAGGACCUAAAGAAGCAGCAUUGAAUAGAAGCAAAGUUUCAUUUGUGAGAAGUGAAGAAACAAAUGAAAAGGAGUUGGAACAUGUUCAAACUAAUAAUCCAGAUGAAAUUAACUUGGAUGACAGCGAGGAUGAUGAGGAAAAAGGUGAUGAUAUUCAAGUUGAAGAAAGACCUGUACCAGAUGAAGUAUUUGGAGGACUGAAAGCAAAUUAAUUGGACUUUGAUUUUGCUUGUAAAUUUAUGUAAAUAAAUUAUUUUUAUAGAUUU